GCCUUGACACAGAUUCCGCACCCCGGGCGCAGUGAAGGUAGAAAAAUUAUGUAACAUCGACAGACAUAGGGAAGUAUUGAAUUUCAUACAUUAGAACAUAUCAAAGGUGCCAAGAACUACAACUACGUACUUGAUAAUGGCACGACCCUCAGGUGCAAUAUUAUAUUUCCGCAGUGGAAAUGUACAACAUUUCAACAAAAUCUUACUGUUAAGCAGUAAAUUAGCGUCAUCUUGUUUGAGAGUGAGCUGCGAAGCUCACCAGCAUACCGUGAAGGUUAAAUGUGUUGACGAUGUUCAGAAAUCUUCUAGUCAAAUUUCGGGCCCUCUUGCAGUACUUCAAGAAAAGAUUGAUAGCGGUGAAUUAAUGCAUGAUGAUUACCAAAGACGAAUCGCUGACUGUUUGCAGCGCCUUUAUGAAAAUAUUCAAGGAUAUACACCACCAGUAAAUGGAUUGUUAAGUAAAUUUUUCCAAAAAAGAACCAAAGCUCCCCAAGGACUUUAUAUUUAUGGUGCUGUUGGUGGCGGAAAAACAAUGCUUAUGGAUUUAUUCUACAGUUGUUGCCAGGUUGAAGGAAAAUGCCGUGUUCACUUUCAUUCAUUCAUGCUAGAUGUUCAUUCCCGGAUUCAUGAAGUGAAGAAGACUGUUGUAAGGGACUAUGAGAGCACAAAGCCACAGCCUUUUGACCCCAUUCCUCCUGUUGCAAGAUUAAUCAGUGACAGGUCAUGGCUGAUUUGCUUUGAUGAAUUCCAGGUCACUGAUAUAGGGGAUGCUAUGAUACUGAAGCGUUUGUUUACGGAACUUUUACGCAAUGGAGUUGUUGUUGUGGCAACAAGUAACAGAGCACCAGAUAAUCUCUACAAAAAUGGACUUCAGCGCUCAAAUUUUGUUCCAUUUAUCCGUGUACUGAAAGAACACUGUGAAGUGGCCUGUCUUGACUCUGGAAUCGAUUAUAGACUGAAAUCUGUUCCUGGUAAAGACCGAAAUUACUUUGUGAAAGGAGAGUGUGAUACUGACCAAGAGAUGGAUAAAGUCUUUAAGUACUUAUGUUCUUUUGAGAAUGACAUAAUCCGACCUCGGACAAUCAGUAUAAAGGGACGUGAUGUCACUUUUAAGAAGACAUGUGGGCAGGUUCUAGACUGUACUUUCUCUGAGUUAUGUGACAGACCUCUUGGAGCUGGUGACUAUCUCCAGCUGUCUCAGGCUUUUCAUACCAUUCUCAUCCGAGAUGUGCCCCAGAUGAGUCUGCAGAUAAAGUCACAGGCUCGGCGGUUCAUCACUCUUAUCGAUACGUUGUAUGAUAACAAGGUGAGAGUUGUGAUAUCAUCUGCUCUUCCUCACAGUCAGCUCUUCUUGAGUAAGCAACAAGAAGAUUUCACAGAUGAGGACCGUAAGCUGAUGGAUGAUCUGAACAUUCAGCAUGGCUCCGAAAAUGCUUCUGCUAGUAUUUUCACUGGAGAUGAAGAAAUUUUUGCUUUUGAUCGAACUGUUUCACGACUUUCAGAAAUGCAAACUUCUGAAUACUGGGAGCAGUGGGAAAGUUACAGGUAAAUUAGGGUUAGAAUAAUCUUAAAUCAAAUGUAGUAUAUGUACAUAACAGUGUAACAGUGGCAAUGAUGUGAAUGUCCUGGGCAUAUGUACAACUGUAGCAUUGCCAAAUGUAAUGCAGCGGUUUCCAGACUUUAUAUAAUGACAGCCCAUCGGCUUAGCAAAGAUUUCUUUUUGCCCGUCUACUUAGAUGUGUGUAUGUGUCUAGAGAACGUGCCCUGAACUGGGAUUGAGAAGGAAGUGCCUAACUGCCUGAGCCAUGGCACUUUCUUCAGAGCUUUAUUUCAUGUGUCACUAUAAUUAGAAUCCAUACAGGCUCUUAGUCUUCUUCAGGCCUUUUAAUUGUGUUGUGUUACCCACUUCUUUUAAUGACAGAAUAUUCUGUCAGUGUAUUCGUACUUAAUGCAUUCCUCAUACAUCAGCCUCGCUGCCGUCGCCACUUUUUACUUAAGAUUAAGGCUUAAUUUUUGUUGUUGUAGUACUGACUUGAGUGGGACAAGUUUCAGACUACUGAUAUGUCCAUUGUGCAAUUUUAUUUCUUAAUAACGUGAGAUGAAUCUCACUUCCAUUUGAGUACAUUCAGUGUGUAACUUUCCUGCUUCCUGCUACAGAUGUGAUAUAGAGCACCAGAAUUUUAGUUACAUGAAGUUAUAUUUUAUUCCUAUAAAAAUUGUAGUUGCUCUAUUGUGGAAAUCAGAAGAAGAGAAACAAUAUCCUAGUCAAAGAACAGGUAGUUUUGCUUGUACUUAGUGUACAGUCUGUGCCAAGGCAGGAACUUACAAACUGUACUCAGCAGAAAUUCGCUGCUUAUUGUUUUGAGUCUGUAAUUUGUAUAGCCCCUUAAGAGUCUGAACUGUGAAAACAUUUGAGAAAUUGUAUUGAAAGAACUGUGUACAAAUAUCAAUACACGGAUAUUCUGGCCAUGUCCUGUAUAUGUGACUGAGACUCACUCACAAAGAAUGAGGCCAUUGCUACACUGCACUAGUUUGUUAGAUUUCGCUGUCCUUAAAGUGUGAUUCCAGCACACAGUAACACAUGUACAAAACAUGUUUUGAAGUUUAAAAAAUUGACUGUUGGCAAGAUUGUAGGUCUGAUCACAGUCAUGAAUCUACUUUGUCCAUUGUGUCUAAGGUGUAUUAAGUUAUUUAUUUAUUUAUGGUUUAUUUAAUUCUGUCAGUAGUUCAAACUGUAUAGUGUAAUAUGGAAGGAAGUGGUUAUACCAUAAUUUGAAAUGCUACCUGGAAUCUGGUUGGAUGCACUGAGGAAACUAGUCAGAAUAGCCAGUAUCCCAUAUGAGAUUUGUACCAGGUAUCUCCAAACACAAGCUAGUAGUGUUAUUGCUUGAGCCCACUUGCUGACACACGUGUAAUGAAGAGUGUAAGGUAAAAGUUAAGUUGUCGCUGUGUUCUGUGUAAGGCACAAAGGAGUGCAAAGAUCAUCUUCUUGCUUUGGUUGUCAUUACCUGAAGUUACCUUGUACCAGUUGGAUGGGCAGCCAGGAAGGCCCAGUUGGUACUGUGACAGGCUAAUGGCUGGAUGGGCAGGGUUCGAUUCUCAGCAGGGGCAAGAUAUUUUUCUCUUCUCCACAGUGUCCAGACUGGCUCUGGGCUCCACCCAGCCCUCUGUCCAGUGGGUACUGUGGGCUGUUUCGCCAGGAGUACAGUGCCUGGGGUUGUGAAGUUGAUCACUCACCUCCAUUUAGUGCCAAGGUCAAGAGUGGCGGAGCUGUACCUCCACUCAUAUGUCUUCAUGGUGUGGCGCUUAAUUAAUCAAGCGCAGGGACAACUUUACUUUGCUUUACCUUGUAAUAGUUGGAUAGAUUAUGUCUCAUUUAUCACAUCUGUAAUAUACUUUGUUUUUGCCCCCUUGCAACUCGUGACUUAUAAUCAUAACAUUAGACAAAAGAAUAGGCUCUAAUGACUUUGCCAUUCAUUGGCACUAAUACAAAACUGCCAUGACAUAACUCAGUCGUAAGAUUGACACCAAAACAGCUCAUGUGCUGUAAUAGCACUUCUAAGCAAAAUAUCAUAUUCUAACAUUUCAAGACACUGUAUAAUAUUCUGUAGAUGAACAUUUGAAUUGUGAAAAUUUCAGAAUGGGAGUUAGCAUCAAGUGGCAACUACAUGUGACUCAAUCACAGACUAUACUGAGGCCAUGAAAAGAGGUCCUGUGCAUGGUGGGGAUGACAGUGGCUAAGGAUUCCUCCCUUCUGCCUCCUAUUGUAUCCCCUCCCCCACCAACCCCUCUGGUGUGUCAACAAACUCAAGAGAAGUUGUCAUUAGAAAAUUUUAUCACAUGGUUAUGAUUACCAACAUUCAUAUGAAUAAAUGACUGGGGAGGAAUAUGGGAAGCUAUACUGGAGAGGAAGCAUGAUAGCUGGAGGAGUGGGUUGUGAAUAUAUGGGACUUCUUUCAGUGGCCUCAGUAUAAAGGAUUUUUGUUUAACUUUUGGAGUCCCACCAUAACAACAGUGUGAACAUAUGACAGUAGUUAAGUGUAAAAGUCUAGAUGGUGUGUUAAUUAAGCUGACGUGUGUUGGACAUGCCCUGUUUUUGAUUAACUGAAGGUGAGACAGUGGAAAUGCCCAACAUGUGUGUCACUUCAAUAUAACAGUAGAAUUAUUUAUAUAUACCAAACUUGAGAAAAGUUGUGCUACUGGUCUUCUUGUAAAUUUGGUUCAUUUGCAGUCUCUCAUCACUGCCCUGAGAACUGUACUUAGCAUUUGAAAUUGAUUGUAUGUACUUACACUAUAUAGUUGCAGGUUACAGCACUUGUAAGAAUUUUAGUUUUGUUUUACAUUAUAGGCCAUUUUAUUUCUCAUUUUUUGUGUGUGUGCAUGUGCACAUGUAAAUCUGAGAUGUAAAUAUGUUUUGUAGUAUGCAUAUGGGGUGUCAGAGACAAUGAGGAACAUCUUGGGGAAAUUAAAAGCAAAUUGAAUUCAGGUAAUACUUGUUACCUAUCAGUCCAGAACCUCUUGUUUUCUCGUAUGCUGCCUAAAAUCGUAAACAUUAGAAUGUACAAAACUAUAAUUUUGCCUGUGGUUCUGUAUGGGUGUGAAACUUGGUCUCUGACAUUAAGGGAG